AUGAAUAUAGUGCCAGAAAAUUUGAUAAAUUAUAUUUCCGAUUUUGUUAACCUCAACACUGCCAGGGAUACCAGGGAUAUAAGUGUUAAAAUUAAUGAAGGCCCUUCAUUAGCUCUCGAGCUUGACACUAACCUUACGCUCGAACAUAUUCGGAAUCAUUUUUCUAACCCAGAUGAAGAAUUAUGUAUAUAUGAUAAUAUGUCAUUUAAUGGUCCCAAAGGGAAAAUCACACAAAAUGAUGAAUCCCGAAAAAGGUUGGGAGAUAUUUUGAUAAAAGAAGGAUCUCUUGAAAUUUUAAAAAUUUUAAAACCUUUAGAUUAUCCAGAUGAAAGAGAAGUUAUUAAUAAAUUCAAUUUGGAUUGUGGACUGAAAAUAUCCAGUUAUGGACCAACCCGUUCACAAAAAAAAGCACUAGUAUUUAAAAAACCGAAAACCCCGAUUGAAAUCCAUAAAUCUCAAUACGAAGAAAAUGUCGUAAAAAUCUGUACAACUUCUCAUGAAGAAUUAUGUCUAAAGAAUUUAAUUGGCGGUGUCAAGGCAGCUUUACCAUGGUCACCGCUUUCUGCUGGACUUUCUUCUGGCUUUUCUUUAUCACAUGAGCGUAAAAAUCAAACUACACACCAUAAAGAAACUUCUACCGAUUAUAAUGUCGACAUAUGUGUGAAAUUGAGAGGAAUGAUCAAUAAAAACGAAAUUUCGCCAACAGAAGAAUUUAAAAAAGAUGUGGACGAAGCCUUAAAUAGUAAAGAUCCUUUUAUAGAACUUCAGAAAUUAACAGAACAAUACGGUGAAUAUAUCAUCCUGAAAGUAAAAUUGGGGGGAAAGGGGCUAAAAAUCAUUAACAAAAAAUUGUCAGAAACCGCACAACAGAAAUCUAACAAAUUUUCUUUUGGCUUUAAUGUAGACUCUAAGUUUGCAUUUGGCGGAGAUAAAAUUAAAUAUGAAAAUGAUGUACAAGGAUGGAAAGAUUCUUUAGUCGAUUUUACAAAGUGGGAGAUUAUUGAGUAUGAAGAAAUUGAACCAAUUUUUAAUAUUUUAGACGAAGAACAACGCAAUAAAGUUAUUAAGAUUAUAGUGGAACAGAAAAUUUUAUUUAGAAAGAAAGAAUCGAUUAAAGUUGGGUUUUCCUCCAAUUCGGUUCCAUAUAAACAUGAAUUAAAAAUACCUCCUACUUUACAAUAUGAUCUUAAGAAAUGUCAAAUAUUUGCAUCCGUUAGUGGAGAAAAGCGAGUAUUUUCUGUUCGAGUAGUAUAUGUGUCUAAUAGCUCAGCCUCACUCUUACUUCAUAAAAUUGGUAAUAAGAAAAAAUAUGAGUGCUACUACAAUUUGCAAAUAGAUUGGAUAAUUAUUGGCUAUCCAAGUAACUUCAAAAUGGAUGAAUUUAAAGUAAUUUCAAGCGAUAAUACUGUUGAUAGUAAUUCAAUUGAGAUUUAUGACCAAUUUCAAAAACAAGAAUUAUGUCUUUUGGCAACUUGCGCAUAUAAUGCACCUGAAGAGUCUAAUAAUAGCCCAUUUAAAUCAAAUAUUGUGGCUGGUGUCCAUUUCUGUUGUGAUGACUCAAAAUUAAAGGCAUUCAGAUUUACUUACGACCUUGAAUCCCUGAAAUUCGACCACUUAGACGAGAACAAGUUGUCAAAUUAUUUCAUUAAUUAUAGUCUGAUUAAAACCCCUUCAGCUUAUUACACGCUAAGCAAAAAAAUUUCACUAGAAAGAUCAUAUAUUUUAUAUGAUGUUUCAGAUAAACAUUUAUGGAUACGUGCUGAUAAAGAUCUAAAAUUUGUCAGUCUCUUUAACCUUUUUAAUCAAUCUAACCCAAAUGAUAGUAAUCUAGGAUUUGCAAAUAUAACUUCUGAACAUUUGGUUUUCAAAUCUCUUCAAAGUUAUACUAAGAAAGAACUUCAUAUAUCGUAUUUUUGCGCCCCGCCUGAGCAAACAGUUUACGAUGCCAAAUGGUGA